GGACUUCCGCUUCUCUCUCUCUUUCUCCUCUCCCGGCUCUGCUCCCUCCCUCCUUCCUGCUGUCCUCGCUUGUCUGGAAAACAUCAAAACGCUGCUCCCUUUGACAAGUUUGACUCGAGGUGUGUGCACAUGUGUUUGCCUUUGUCACUGUUUGACAAAUCCACUGUUUCUUUAAACCUGUGUAUCCAACUUUUGUGUGUGGAUGUGUCUCUGUGUGUGUGUGUGUGUGAGUGUGUGAGAUGAUGGAUCCUGUUUCCUCUCCCCUGCUGAUGGCCCCCUCUGGAUUCCCCUGAGGUCUGCAGGCCUGCAGCCCCACCGUCUUCUGGAGAGGAGCUGAGAGGGACUAUGUGCCUGUACAUGUGUGUGCCUGUACAUGUGUGUGAGCCUGGCCUGGGCAGCCAUGCUGAUGUAUGAUUACCCUCUGAAGACAGACAUGGAAACGUCCUUCUACUUGGUGAAAACCCCAGAGCGCUAUGGUGUGAUCUUUCCCCCUCCCGCUCACUACUACCAGAUGCCCAUCUUCCCUCCGACUCACACCCCCAGCAACACAUCACAGACCCAGCUGGAGCCUGUGGAUCUGUCACUUAGCAAGCGCCCCCCUUCUUUCUCCUCCUCUUCAUCCCCUCCUUGUUCCUCCACCUCCCCUUCCAGCUCCCCGUACACUCCAAACAGCUCACCCACCCGCUCCUCACCUCCACACUCUCUGCAACACUCUUCGUCCCCCCGCACCCUGUCGUGGGGGGACAGUUUGCAUUACCCCAUCGAGGUGGCUCCUAUGUUCCAGACCCCAGGAGUUGUGGUGCCUGUGCCUGUCCUCUACCCCUCGCCUAUUUCCCUGCAGAUAAUAAGGAGCCAACCUGUUGCUGGGGACGACGACCGAAGUAGAGAGCACAAGCCAGCGCCAGAUAUCUUCACAAAGGAGCGCCAUCCGGACCUCUCUCGUGACUCCAACAGCAGCCUCGAGAAGACAUCAUCAGUCAUCCGGAUGACACCAGAGUACGAGUGCAACAACCCAUCAGUAAUAGUUCACCCAGGCCCAAAGCAUCCCCUCCCCGCCGACUCUCCUGACCCUCUGAAGAGGCGGCGAAUUCACCGCUGCGACUUCUCCGGCUGCAACAAAGUAUACACCAAAAGCUCCCACCUCAAAGCACAUCGUCGGACACACACAGGGGAGAAACCCUACAAGUGCACGUGGGAAGGCUGCACAUGGAAGUUUGCCCGAUCAGACGAGUUGACGAGGCACUUCCGCAAGCACACAGGACUGAAACCUUUCCAGUGUCCCGACUGUGAACGCAGUUUCUCCCGCUCCGACCACCUGGCUUUGCACAAGAAACGCCACCUCCUGGUGUGAAGCCCUCCACUGGGCAACUUGAAAGAAACUGUGCCAGCUUGAUGGUUGGACUCUACCACCGAGACUUGACAAGGUGAAAAUAGCUGGCACAGUGGACUCUGACAGGAAGUGGGGAAAUGUUUCUCAGGGUGCACGUUUGGACCCCUUGUUAGCCGGAGUAAGAGCUGGCGUCAACUUGCUACACUCUGCUCAGCUCAUUUUGUCAUUUUAAAAGGUUGCUGUGUCAGAUUUCUGAUCAGCUGUGGAAGGUCCAAGCACUUUUUUUAAAAGUGGCUGCAGCAUCUCAGCUGGCCUGAGAGCAGUAACACCUAUGUGGAAGCAUCUUUGUGCAACAUCAGAUCUCAUUUCUCUCCAUGCAUUUAAGUGAAAAUUAAACACAUGCUCAUAUCAUUAACUAGUUAGGCCAAUAAAAUGUGAAUCUUUUCAGAAUGUAUCAUAUCACACCCACUGUGCAUUGUGUAUAUAUAUAUAUAUAUAUAUAUAUAUAUAUAUAUAUA